CACGCUUGCAUGUUGCGCCGAGUGGUCCGUGGUGCGCCGGCGUCCUUCCAGCGCGGGAUGGGCGUCCGCUGGCUGCAGUAUGGUCACGACAUGCACAAGGAAAUGAUGACGGGUACGUCCAAGGUCUCGAUCUCCGAGUACGACGACGGCGGCUUUGUUGUCAACGAUGUGAACAUGCGCGGGUCCGUCGCGCUACUGCCCAACAUUGCCAUGAUGUGGAAGCCGCGGUCGCUCGACGAGAUCACGAUCGAGAGCCUCAACGUGUUUACGGUUGCCAACCCACCGAUUGAAAUCCUCGUCCUUGGCUGCGGCAAGCGCAUCGCCAAGCAGCUCGAACCGUCGCUCGUCGAGUACCUCAAGUCCAACGGCAUCGUCGUCGAGUACUUGGACUCGUUUAACGCGUGUGCGACGUUCAACAUCCUCAACGCCGAGGACCGCAAGGUCGCGGCCGCCAUUUUGGUCAACGAACCCAAGUGA